ACGAGAGGCGACGUCCACCCGCGUCUUUCAUAGUAACCGAAGGCGCGCCGCUCCCUGCCAGACUUCUCGUCCCGGGGCACCGAUCAGUGCCGGAGGCGCGUCCCGCUCGCGCCGCCCGCCGCUCCUCGCAGGUCCCGGUCCCGGUGCCGGUCCCAUCGCUUGCGCCGCCCGCUCUCGGAGAACAAGUCUUGUCCCUGGAAGCUGGAUGAAUUAUUGGAGAGUUGGGAACAAGUGCGAGAGAGAAUCCGCCUCCGCGCUCCGUCCAGGGAAGCGACUCGGCCGCAGCGGUGGACGAUGAUGGAGGGGACGUCCCUGUGUCUCCCUGUGGUCAUUUUACUGGUGCAAUGUUCCCCCUCCUUUCCCGUUACCGUGUCGACCGACAGACACAAGGUGGAGGUGAAGGAGUUCUCAGACGCGGUGCUGUCCUGCACGUUCCGCACGGAGAAGGACCAGAACCCGCGCAUCGAGUGGAAGAAGAAGGGGAAGGACGUGUCCUUCGUCUACUUUGAUGGAAACUUCAAAGCUCCCUUUGAGGACCGCGCGACCAUCAACGGGGCCACCGUCACGCUGAGGAGGGUGACCCAGGACGACGCUGGGGAGUACCGCUGCGAGAUCAGCGCCCCCCUCGACGCCGUCAUCCUGGGCGAGACCAACGUCACCCUCAAAGUCCUGGUGCCCCCGCACACCCCAUCCUGCGAAAUCCCCAGCGCGGCGGUGACGGGCUCGGUGGUGCAGAUGCUCUGCAGGGACCAGCAGAGCAUCCCGCCGGCCACGUACUCCUGGUUCAAGGACAGCCAGCCGAUGUCGCAGCCCCGACGCGCCAACGCCACCUACCUGAUCAACCCCCACACGGGGGUCCUGGAGUUCAAGGCCGUGGCCAAAGAGGACACCGGGCGGUACAGCUGCCUGGCCUCCAACGGAGUGGGAACGCCCAAGAUGUGCGAGGGCAAGCACAUGACGAUAGAGGACGUCAACGUCUCGGCCGUGGUGGCGGCGGUGCUGGUGGUCUGCCUGGUGGUGGUGGUCUGCGGAUGCGGGGGGUACCUCUUGCACCGCAGCGGCUUCUUCAGCCGCCACAGGGGAAGAUCCAAUGUCAACUACGUCCCUCCGCCCCAAGAACCACAGGAUUUCAAACACACCCAGUCCUUCAUGCUCUGAGAAGCCGGCCUUCCUUCGAGAACACGUCGCCAAACAUGGGACCCUCUGAUUUUUUUUGGGGGGGGGGUUCAUCUCCGGACGAGCUCUCAAUCUUCCAACAUCUUCCACCUUCCGCUCAUCCCCCCCCCUGUGAGCCCCCUCUGACUGGGGGAAGGCGCCUCCUCACUCACGUCAGUGACGUGUGACUUGCUCUUUGGAGAUGGAGCUCAUUUUCACUGGUGUUCUGCUCCUCUCUACCUGAAUCAGAUGUUGAAAUCCAAUCAAUGUGUUUGUUAUGAAUGAUGCUUGGACAAGUGGAGUCCCCCCCCCCCCCCCCCCCC